GGUGGGGGGCAUUAUGCUGAGAUUGGCAUGUAUGAGUCACUGCCCAGGAGUACAAGAAGUAGGACUCACUACAGACGAGCAGACAGGUCAUCACGUGUUCCCCUCACAAAAUAUAGACACAGAUCCAGGGACCAAUCCAGGGACAAGUCCAGGGAUUCGUCGAGGGGGGAUUAUUCGCAUUGUGGAACGGGGGAGGGGGAUUAUCUGAAGUACUCUCAUCCUUACUCCGUCAUAGAAACACCAGGAGCUCCAAGGAGGAACAACAACCGACGUUACCGUGGAAGUAAAGAUAAAAACAAAUCGAGUGGGAGAGGGAACAGUCGUAGUAGUCAUCGGUGGGGGGAUCAAAAAGGGGCAACAUCAGUUGGGACGCUGAGGAGCAGCAGUAGGCGAGUGGGGGACAGUCGUCCUCAUAGUAACUAUUACUCCAUUGGGGGUGAUAGGAGAGACGGUAGUAGAAGUAGGAAGACGUCAGAAGCGACCUAUAGAAGUGUGAGUCACUACCGUGCAAUUGGGGUUGACCGGAGUGCCGAUUCCAGUCAUAGUGGACACAUCUUGGGGGGCAGAGAACACAGAGACAGAAGACACUCUAAGAGUAGGGGGGAUCAUUACGGGGUGGGGAGUAGAGAGAGGGAGAUUGUGGUGUUGGAGGAGGACUACUCCCUGAUGUUGUUGUGGGUGCGGCGGGUGAUGGCAGGGGUCUCCUUCUGUCUCUACCUCCUCGUCAUCCUUCUCUUCAUUCUAUUCGCAACUGCAACGCCCCAAAUGGGCAUGUUCCACAGCUCGUUAUCCGACGCACUGAGCAGCCAAGAAACCCCCCUCCAACCCCCAUCUACAUACUACCUCCUAAUAGCACUUGUAUACAUCUGGAACCUAGUCUGGAUUCUCUGGUCCCAAAGUGUGCUCUUUAGUCAAUCUUCAGAUGCUACUGAGGGGGCUGUAGAUGGCGAAGAUGGGGAGGGGGGAUGUCUAUUCCGACUGUCUCCCCCCGUUUUAUCCCUUUCGUUUUACUCUCAUUUAAUUCUCCUGUUGUGUGGACUGUGUCUAUGGCCAUUUUUGGCGGACAUUAACUACCCUUAUGCCUGCCUGUGGCUUGUGAUUCUUGUCUUGUUGUGCGCAGUAUCUGCAUCAGUGUCGCUUUGCUACAACUUCAGUGGCAAAAGAGACCAAUUGCUUUCCGAUUUCACUCGGGAGUUCUGGAUCCUCAAGAUAUUCGCCCAGAACGGAGUCCUAUCUAUUCCCUGUCUCUUACUCUUCGAACUGUGCAAUGUCAUCACCCAUUUAGUCAACCUUGAGGGGGGAUCGGAAAAUACUGCAAUUAACAUAUUAAUGCCUCUAACGUGCGUGAUCUUAAUCGUCUAUUCAGCUGCAGAUUUUCUCAUAUUCGAACAUGUUCUGCGUUUUGUGGUUUCGCCCUACUUGGUGUCAAUUUGGUUCGCAAUCAAUCUUCUGGCCAAGAAUAUUGACAGUAGCAAUAGCCAGGAUAGUGAGGGGGAAUCACAACAAGAUGAAGAUAGUGGUGGUGAUAGUUCUUCGCAGUUAUUUGUAUUCUGUAUUGCUCUAUGCAUGAUAUCUCUGGUAUUGGUGCUAUUGCGUCUUUUCCACGCUUGCUACCAGUCACUGGCGUCUUCAGAACAGUUCUCAGACGCCAACCAUCCCCACCCGGACGACAUAGAAAUGGCCCUGCAGGGAAUAGAAAGGGGGGACCUUAGUCCCCGGAGUCCCCCCAGAAUGGAACCCCCCUCGGACGAACAUCAAAUCACUCCUAGAGAUACUCGAUACGUGAACGAUAGUGUUGACGAUGAAAAAGACGACGAUGGAAGCAAAGACAUAGAUUGAAAGUGAAAACCAAGUCGAUUAUGAGAGCAGAGCUCAGAAAAUUAAUUAUUGAAACAACCACUUUGUAAUUUUUGAUAUGAUAAUACUCAUUAAAUUAAUUUUAGUUGUAGUUCAAUAAUCAAUCAAA